AGUUGUCGAGGAGAAGCAUUUCAAAUACGCAUCGAAACAAAUUCGGAAUCUCAAUGGGAGGUCGAAGUGGUGGUAGCUUGGAAAUCAGCAGUGAGGAAAAUACUCAUUCGUAUAUGGCAGGAGACGCUGCCAAUUCCGAGCGGGACAGCGUCUCCGCGAGCCAGCUACAAUGGGAAAUGGAAACGGUGGAUGCCACGGGGGACGCCACUUUGGUGGGAGAUAAUAUCGCCCUGUCGGCCCGCAUCGGUGACACCAAAAGCGAUAACAGUGAAGUCGCAGACGAGGUUGCGGAUCCGGAAGACGAUGACCUCGUUUACAAUCUGCUUGAUGGCAAUGUGGAGGAGGAGACUGACACCGAUAUCCGGAUCACCAGCGAAGAAUCCUUGGCGCUGUUGGCCCACGAGAUGCUCUGCUGUCCCGACAGCUGCACUGACUCGGAGUCGGACACCGAUCAUCAGAUAUCCGACUACUAUAUGAUCAAGGAGUGCCAAAAGCUGGACGGCAGCUUCGAAUAUGGCUUGCACAAUCCCUACCAGCUUAUGGAUAGCGAUGAAGAUGUGGAGCAGGAUGUCGAGCUGAUGAAGCACAAUAAGGGGCAUGCAGCGGGCUUUCAUGAGGCCAUAAAGGUUGUUAUAUUCAACAUAAAUGGAAACGAUGGCAAUCAACAUUUUUUCUGAGUAAAUGUUCCCCGCGAAAAGGACCGAACUGUUCUUGGAUCAAUUUUCUGUUGUCAAAUAUUCCUGGAUUGAUUUUGUGUUUUAUUGAUAUAUUUGUUUCCAAAAUUUUCAUGUAAAUUAAAUUGGGAGAGUUACAAAAUUACUA